UGUCGACAAAUAAUAGGCUACAGAAAAUAAACAGACUAUCUUAAAAAUCAAGAGUUGAUAACUUUACGGAGUACGGACACAUUUACUUUAUCCUUUAUAUGAUAACAAAUCGCACAACUGAAUGUUUACAAUGCGUUUAAUCAGAUUAUAAACAUCAAUGUUUGAAUAAAGUUUUUCAAAGAAAAACGAACAUGGCCGCGCCCAUAGCGCGCUGCUGUUAGUGUCUUAUAAAAAUAAUCGAUGUGACGAGUUUUCCUCCAGCUGAAGUGAGGAAGGAUGAGUCGAUCAACCAGCCUCCUGCAGCAGAUGACCAUAUUCAUCACUGUAGUGACCGGCGGCGGGUGCGCUAUGAUGUAUUACCUCAUGCAGAAAAAUUUUGCAAAAGCAGAGUACUACCGUCUGGCCCUUGAACAACUGAACAAUAAUUCCACAGCCAUGGCCAGUCUGGGCGCUCCUCCUCUAAAGAUCCACAACAUUCAUUUAUCUGACCGACACAACCGUAUGGACCACAGCAGCGCUCAGCUGAAGAUCCCAGUUACCGGGUCAAAGACUGGAGGUUAUCUCUACACAACGUCCACCAGAGACACUCUCAUGAACAGAUGGCAUCUCCAGCAAGUGUUCCUGAGGCUGAGGGAAGGAGAGACCAUAGAGAUUUUCAACAGGACGCAAUCUGAGGAGUAACAGAAUAAGUAACGGAAUCUGAGGAGUAACGUCACACCGAAGUAUUGCAUCAACGUUAAACUCAGUCAACAAACGCCAAUGGAUCGUCAGAGCGUUCCUGUACAACAGAUGAUUGACAGCAUGUUUUUAAGCACAUAUGAUUAUGGCAUUUACAUAUAUUUAAAUGUUAAUAUAUAUUUAUUUGGCAUGUAUGGAACCUGUGUCAUAUGAUGCACUUUUUUAUGGGGCAGCUUGGAGAAAUUGUGAUUAAUUUAGUAGUUUUUUUGCUGUUUUAUGUGCUUCAUUAAAGAUGGAUGAUGUCAUACAAUGUAAUUUUAUAUAUAUAUAUAUAUAUAUAUAUAAUGAUUAACAAUUCCACUAAAUUAUCCACUCAUUUUAUGAGACAAAAUUUAAUUGAACUAUUUUCUUGAACAUGUUUAUUUAGUAACAGCAGAUGUCUGGUCAUAUUGAAAAAGCAGGGUUACAUAAAAAAAAAAAAUUGAAUACUAGCCUUUCAUACAGUUUACCUACACUGGGAUCUUUAUUCUAUUGACAUGACUAGUUUAGUACCACUGUAGUUACUAAACCUUACCAGUAGGUGUCAGUAAAAGAUUAAACCUCAGACACUACAGAAAGUCGAAUGACAUUUCUCAUGAGACUAAAAAAAAAAAAAAAAAAAUCACAAUUGAUUCAUUUUCUGAGAAAUUUCAAAAGCUGCAAUAUAUGCAGAAAAACAAGUGCACUUUGUCAAAGUGCUGUAGGUCAUGCGGUUAAGUUAAACGUAAGACAAUUUUGUGCCAUUUAAAAAAAAAAAUAAGAAAAAAAUCUUUCUCUUAAAGGGGUAGUUCACCCAAAAAUGAAAAUAAUGUCAUUUAUUAUUCACCCUCAUGUCGUUCCACACUCGUAAGACCUUCGUUCAUCUUCAGAACACAAAUUAAGAUAUUUUUGAUGAAAUCCAAUAGCUACGUGAGGCCUCCAGUGCCAGCAAGUUAAUUUACACUUUCAAAUGCCCAGAAAGUUACUAAAGACAUUUAAAACAGUUCAUGUGAGUACAGUGGUUCUACCUUGAUAUUAUGAAGCGACAAGAAUACUUUUUGUGCCCCAAAAAAACAAAAUAGCGACUUUUCAACAAUAUCUAGUGAUGGGCGAUUUCAAAACACUGCUUUGAACCUUUUGUUUCGAAUCAGUGGUUCGGAGCGCCAAAGUCACACUAUUUCAGCAGUUUGACACGCGAUCCGAAUCACUGAUUCGAAGCAGUGUUUGAAAUCGGCCAUCACCGCACAAAAAGUAUUCUCGGUUUAUUAUAUUAAGGUAGAACCACUGUAGUCACAUGAACUGUUUUAAAUAUGUUUUAGUACCUUUCUGGGUGUUUGUACUUGAAUUAACUUGCUGUCUAAUUUGUGUUCCGAAGAUGAAUGAAGGUCUUACAGGUGUGGAACAACAUGAGGGUGAGUAAUAAAUGACAUUAUUUUCAUUUUUGGGUGAACUAACCCUUUAAAUUUUCUUUGUUCUCUAGAAAUAAAACAUGAAGUAUAAUUGGUUGAUUUCCCGAGCCAUGUACUGAAAGAUUUCCCAUGUUACGUCUUAUCUUUUUUCAUUUGAUUAAUUUAUACCAUGCUCAGUUCAUAAUAACCAUUACGUAUGAAAAAUCAUCAUUCACAGGAGUGAGCAGAUUUCAUCCACAGCAGCACAGUGACCCAGUUUAGCCACACGGCCUGUCGUGUCCUCAGACUCUGAUCUGAACCACAUCUUCUCUCAUUACUUUUUUGACAAGGAUUGAGGCCAGAGAACCAUAGGAGCCCAAAAAUGCUGGUUAAACCUAAGAAUCUUUAAACACUUCAAGCUAUAAUAAUAAUAAUAAUAUAACAACAACAACUAUUAAAUUGUACUAGCAUAUUGCUUACCGCACUGUAUAGUAGUACAUCCAGUACAGUGCGGUAAGCAAUAUGCUAUGAUCUGUUCAACUCAACUCUUCUUCAGAUCUCUCUGAAUCUGUUUUGAAUCUGACUAAAUCUCGGUUCCAGACCGAGUUGAGGCUUCAUGUCUCAAACUUUCCUUCUCUCAAGCUCCUCAAAAAUCCCACUGUUAUCCCCCAAAACCACCCUGCCCCUGCUCCAGAAAUAUCCUCAUAUUCCACAGAGCUCUGGGGACCAUCUGUCCUCGCUUUCAUCUGCCAAAACAUCCAUGCAUAUGAAUACUUCCUCCAAUCUGUAUAUAUUACAAUAUAUUUUAUAUUACAUCACAGUGUUUUAGCCAAUGAAAUGUAUAAAUCUUUCAUUAAACGAUAUGAAGUUUUUAAUAUA